GGGCUGGAUAUAGGGAUGAAUUCCUUCCCACCUGAAGGUGGUGAGGCCCUGGAACAUGUUACCCAGAGCAGCUGUGGCUGCCCCAUCCCAGGCAGCGUUCAAGGCCGUGUUGGACGCUUACAAUGGAUUUUGGAUAAGCAAGAUCUAUUGAAAGAACGCCAGAAAGACUUGAAAUUUCUGACUGAAGAAGAAUAUUGGAAGCUACAGAUAUUUUUUACUAAUGUUAUCCAGGCUUUAGGUGAACACCUUAAAUUAAGACAACAAGUUAUUGCCACUGCUACAGUCUACUUCAAGAGAUUCUAUGCCAGAUAUUCCCUAAAAAGUAUAGAUCCAGUAUUAAUGGCUCCUACGUGUGUGUUUUUGGCAUCCAAAGUAGAGGAAUUUGGUGUUGUUUCAAAUACAAGGUUGAUUUCUGCUGCUACUUCUGUAUUGAAAACUAGGUUUUCAUAUGCCUUUCCAAAGGAGUUUCCUUAUAGGAUGAACCAUAUACUAGAAUGUGAAUUCUAUCUCUUAGAAUUAAUGGACUGCUGUUUGAUAGUGUAUCAUCCUUAUAGACCUUUGCUCCAAUAUGUGCAAGAUAUGGGCCAAGAAGACAUGCUGCUACCUCUCGCAUGGAGGAUAGUGAAUGACACAUAUAGAACUGAUCUUUGUCUGCUGUACCCUCCUUUCAUGAUAGCUCUAGCUUGCCUACAUGUGGCCUGUGUUGUCCAGCAGAAGGAUGCAAGGCAGUGGUUUGCUGAGCUAUCUGUUGAUAUGGAAAAGAUUUUGGAAAUAAUCAGGGUUAUUCUGAAGCUGUAUGAGCAGUGGAAGAACUUCGAUGAGAGGAAAGAGAUGGCUACUAUUCUUAGUAAAAUGCCUAAACCAAAACCACCUCCAAACAGUGAAGGAGAACAGGGUCCAAAUGGUAGCCAGAACUCUAGUUAUAGCCAAUCUUAAGGCAUUCCAAAGAAUUUCUUUAUGGACCACUUUGACUCAAGACAUCCUGGGAUAUUUCCUGUGUUCAUGAAAUGGACAGAAGGUUUUAGUACCAUCUUUGACAAAAAACUCGAAGAAUAAAUAGCUUGUUUGUGUCAAGCAUUUUGAAAGCUUUUUCUCUAAAACUACAUCAUUUUCUCUGACACUGGAGCAAAUGUGCUAAGAUUUUUCAGUGUAAGGAAUCAAACUUUAAACCAAGCUGCAAAAGAGUAACAUUUUUCACUCAAAACAAAUAGUUCAUUAUUGGUUUUAUUUGUGUUGAAGUGAACUAUUUUUAGAGUAACAGUAACCCGAGGCCUAAGUGUAACUGUAUUAAUGACUUGUGUUGUCUUCAUUUUGUUUGUGACUGAAGGAAGAUAGUGCACUCUAUGUUGAAUUUAUCCAUUACCUUCAGUUUUGUUGAUUUAAAAAAAAAAAUAAAUACAGAUUCUGCAACAAGUAACACACAGUCCUUCUGAAACAAAUGCCUAGAAGAGCCUGUAAAGAAUAUUGUUACAGUUUUAAUGAAAGCUGCAGGAAAUAAAGUCAGAUUCUAUUUUUGGGUUUAAAAAAGCUGUAUUCCUCAGUAGAUCUACUUGGUUGUUUUUGCCAUGAUACAUAGUAGCCCAGCUUAUCAGAGAAGUGCAAUAUGUAUAGUGAUUCUGCAGUUUUCUGAAACAUUUCAAGUGUUAUAAAUUAAGACAACCCAACAUACUAGGAUUUUUUUUUUUUUUUUCAAAUAAAUGUACUGUAUGGUACAAUCAGAAUAUUUCACAAUCAAGUACAGAUCUGGGUAUUAUUGCUAUUUUUUAUGGUGGAUUUUUUUGUAGAAAAGAUAUACACUGCUAGUCUGCCUUCACUGUUAGUGUGAAUUUGUGUGGUUCUUUAGAGAGUUUAUUUAAGAGGAUCAAGUGUUUGGUGAGCUUCAUACUGGCUAAUUUUAAUUGGGAUGUUAGAAGCAACUCUAGAAUAACUGAAAUUGGGAUUCCUUGGUUAACUUUGUGCUGGAGAAAAUGAGAUUUCUUCAAACAGAAGGCCAUAUCCUGCAUUCCUUACUCAGGCAGAUAUCCCACUGAAGACAGGAAUUGGCCUUAAUUGAUUUGUUGAUUUUUUUAGAUAACUUUGUUUCUAAUUAAGUUCUCUACAACUUUAUUUUGAAUGAUAAUGCCAACUUGCCCAAGUAUAAAAGUUAAAUGAUAAAGUUCAGUAACAUUGUUCUCUCUCGUCUUUUUGGGGUUUUUUUUUGGUUUUUUUUUAAUUUUUGUUUCUGUUUUCCUGAAACAAAACUUUUCACUGCCCUGAAAUAUUGGAAGGAGAUAGUUGAAAACAUGUGCUCUGUGAAGUGUCUUGGUUCAAAAAACUGGCCCCUUAAAAAAACCCACCUGUUUUUUGCAAAUACCUGUCUUUGUAAUUGGCUGGUAAUUCAGUGAAUUAUAACUGAAGUGUUUUUGUAUGUAGCCCAUUAGGCUGCUAGCAUUUAUUUCUGUUCAGAUUAUUUCCAUAAACCAUUAUGUGAACCAGCCCCAAACACAAAAAGUUAUACAUUUUGGUCUUUGCUACUUGGUUGCCAUUUGAUCCAUACCUUUUAUAGACACUUGACUGAUUAAGUGGAAUUUGGCUAUUUUGCUUUCAUUUCUUGAAGUCUAAAAUGUGCUAUUUGUAAUGUGGACUUGGGGAAUAGAAAUAAAUCAAAGCGACUUGA